AUGUCCAAAUCAAAUACAGCGUGCUUGCUCUUAGAAGAAAUGGGAAUUCCUUCAAUAUUUGAUCCACAUAUAGUUGAAAACUACUUAAAAGAUAAAUGUGGACAGAAGAAGAAAGAUGCAUCCUGCAAAGAUGCUCCACAAGAAAUCCUCAAUGCGUGUAAAAGCUGUUUUUCUGAUUGCGACACAAAAAUUCGCAAAAUUGUUGAAAAGUUCUGUGAAGGAGAAACACCUGCUUGUGACUGGUUACCAAAACCGACAACAACUUCCACCACUACCACUACUACAACUACAACAACCUCGACUGUCACUCCGACUACCACUUCCAACCAUCUCCCAUUGAUCAUUGGAAUAGUUGUCGCGACCGUUGUUCUCCUCGCUGUCAGUAUUGCUCUAUUCUUCUACUGUCGCAAGAAGAAGGCAGCAGCACGUGGAAAGGGAUCAAUGACUGGAACAACUACCGGAACGACUUCGGCAUCUGGAACUGCUAUGACUGGAACAACUACUGGAAAAUCGAAGACUGGAACAAACACUACGAAGAAGUCAAAAACUGGGAAGAAAGCGAAGAAAUCCAAGAAUCAAACAUUGACUAGUUAUUGA